AUGGCGCGACGGCCGAGAUCUCAGAACUCUCCUUGGGCUGAGUGUUUUCGUCGUGCAAAAUUUGUCUGGGUUCCUUUCCUCUUCACUCUUCUAAUUGGAGCGUUUGUCAUCUUUUUUGAAAAAUUCUCUCAGCAAACAGCAACAUCAUCUAAGAUUCUCCAUUGGUUCAAACAAAGCAGCAAGGUUAUUUCUAGCAGCUAUCCUGAAUGGAUUCCAUUAUGGUCGAUCAACAAGCCAGCGGGAGUGAUCGAUCGCCGAUUGCCCUCCGUUAAUGAACUUGAUCAAGAUGCGCGUCGUCUGUUACCAUUGCUAGAUUCUCUCAAGGAACAUAAAUUCUUUAGGAUCUUCAAAGUGAAUUUAGCAAAAGAGUGUCCAUUUUGGGCACGCCGUGAAAUGUGCACGUCUCCUGGAUCUUGCCAAAUCUGUGAAUGUGACAAUUCACAGAUUCCCAAACCGUGGAUCAUGCAGCCUGUUAAAAAUUUUGUCGAUCGUCAUCAUUAUAAUGAAACAAAUAUCAAACCAUGGGGAACAACAGAUGAUAGAGUCGAUGAUGAUAGUAAUAGAGUUGUUGAUGAUGACGUUUCAGAGAUAAAGAGAAAUCUUGGAGAAAUGAUCUUUGGUGAGAAGAAGCGUCCCACAGUAUCAGAUGAGGAAUCAUCAACAGCAUCUUAUGUUGAUCUCACACUCAACAGACCGGGAUAUACAGCAUAUCGUGGUCGGAAUAUUUGGGGACUGAUUUACAAAGAGAAUUGUAUGUCGCCAAAUCCUCUAAAGGAUUCAAAUGUCGCUCCAAGAAAUGAUGAACUCAAUGAAUGCACGGAGGAAGAAGCUUUUUACAAAAUAGUAUCUGGAAUGCAAACAGUGAUUAUGGUGUUGAGUGCAGAAUAUCAUCAUUCAAAAAAGACGCCUGAAGCAGAUUUAUUAGAAAUUGAAGAUUUGAAGAGAAGGGGGGAAAUUAUCAGCGCAUCCACAUUUCGAUCACAAUAUUCACCAAGCUUGACUUUAUUUAAGGAGCGCGUGGCACCUGGUCGUGAAUGGAUGGCAAAUCUGUAUUUCACAUUUGGUGUUCUAUUAAAAACAUUUUGUCAUGUUGGACCAAUAUUGGACACCUGUGAUUGUGAUACUGGAACGCCUUUGGACGAUCGUUUGGCACGAGACCAACUUCGUUCAAUGUUAAGGCAGCCAUUCCAUGCUUGUGAAGAUCGAUACAAAGAUGAGCCUUUAUUCACUCGAAAGCAAGAUUUAGCGUUAAGACAGUUUCAAAAUAUUUCUAAAAUAAUGGAUUGCUUAGAAUGCGAAAAAUGCCGAUUGCACGGUAAAGUUAAAAUUUUAGCGUUACAAAUGGCCUUGAAGGUAGGAGUUGUGUGUGAUGUACAGAUUUUCGAGAUAUUGUUAUCACAGGCUGCUGGAAGUGACGCAAAAAUUCGCAAAAGAAGGAAAGAUGUAACGCACACACAUCCAAUUGAGGAUGAUGAAGACAGUCUGGAAACGACAACAUCAUUGAACGAUGACGAUAGAGAUGAUUUUAGUGCCACAUCAUCUCCUUUGUCUCCAAUGCCGAAAAAGAUAAAGAAACGAAAAUAG